AUGGAUCUACCUCGUGAUUGGCUCAGGGCUGGAGCCUCCCCAAAGAGAGGGACUGGGGGAGUGGUCAGGGGUGGAGCCCCGGCUAGAGCACCCCAGCGCGCGGCUGGGGAACACCUGGCGGGUCUCGGGGCUGCUUCCCCUCCUGCUCCCCAGGUGUACUCCUCCAAGAGUAACUUCAGGCACCUGGUGAGUGGGCUGCGGAGCCUGAUCCAGGAGGGCGGCGUCCGCUCGCUCUGGCGCGGCAACGGCAUCAACGUGCUCAAGAUCGCCCCGGAGUACGCCAUCAAGUUCUCUGUGUUUGAGCAGUUUAAGAAUUGCUUCUGCCAUGAGGACAGCUUCCUGCCCUUCCAGGAGCGGGUGCUCGCGGGCUCCCUGGCCGUGGCCAUCUCCCAGACGUUCAUCAACCCCAUGGAGGUCCUCAAGACUCGGCUGACCCUGCGCUUCACUGGCCAGUACAAAGGGCUUCUGGACUGUGCCAGGCAGAUCGUGGAACGAGAUGGCACAGGAGCCCUGUACCGAGGCUAUCUGCCCAACAUGCUGGGUAUCAUACCCUAUGCUUGCACCGACCUGGCCGUCUAUGAGCUACUCCGGUACUUGUGGCAGAAGUCGGGCAGGGACAUGAAGGACCCCAGUGGCCUAGUCAGCCUGUCAUCUGUAACACUGUCCACGACCUGUGGCCAGAUGGCCAGUUACCCACUGACUUUGGUGCGCACAAGGAUGCAGGCACAAGACACUGUAGAAGGCUCCAACCCCACCAUGCUGGGAGUCUUCAGGCGGAUACUGGGCCAGCAGGGCUGGCCUGGGCUGUACAGAGGCAUGACGCCCACGUUACUGAAGGUGUUGCCCGCAGGCGGCAUCAGCUACCUAGUGUACGAGGCCAUGAAGAAAACUCUGGGUGUACCAGUCCUGAGUAGAUGACAUGCCCUCAACAGGAUGAGCAUGGAAGGCCCAGUGUCCCUAGAUCUCAAAAAGCCCUCCAAGGCUUAGGCUUUAGGGCCAUUUUGGUUUACAAAAACCAUCCGGGACUAGGGUUAGAACGGCGCUUGGAGUCCCUCCGGCGGAAUACAGUCUGAGUUGGGAUUCCAGCCUGGUUUUUGCAGGCUUGUCCAAAAGAAGGUGCAGACAAGGAAUAAAGAUAGUUUUGGCUGUC